AUGAGUGCGGCUUCUGGUCCGCGAGAUUAUGAUCAUCUCUUCAAAUUGCUUAUCAUUGGUGACAGCGGAGUUGGGAAAAGUAGCUUAUUGCUUCGAUUUGCAGAUAAUACAUUCUCCCCGAAUUAUAUCACGACUAUCGGUGUUGAUUUUAAAAUUCGAACAGUUACAAUCAAUGGACAGCGAGUGAAAUUACAGAUUUGGGAUACAGCUGGCCAGGAGAGAUUUCGCACCAUCACUUCUACUUACUAUCGUGGGACACACGGUGUGAUUGUUGUUUAUGAAGUGACAAGUGGUGAUUCAUUCAGUAACGUAAAAAGAUGGCUGCACGAAAUCGACACAAAUUGUGAAAAUGUUCAAAAAGUUCUGGUUGGUAACAAAGCUGAUGAUCCAGAACGGCGAGUAGUAUUAGAAGUAGAUGCUCGUCGUUUCGCAGAAACAAUGAAAAUCCCGUUUUUUGAAACCUCCGCAAAAGAAAAUAUCAAUGUUGAAGAGAUGUUCAACUGCAUAACACGUUUAGUACUAGAAGCAAAGCUUCGAGCUCCUCAAACAAACAUUGCUGAUAGUGGAAGUGGUGUACGAUUGGGUGGCUCUAUUCUGAGACGACAUGAAAAGAGGAAAUGUUGUAGCUGA